CAAGUGUAUGUUUUAUUUUAUUUUAAGAAUUGGUGACGUACAGUGUGUGCGGCGGAGUUUGUUGCAAUAAUGGAGUUCGGCGAAUUUUGCAUUACGCGCUGUCUACGUCAUCCAUGGUCACGGGUGUGUUAUUGGAAGAUUCGGUACGAACUGCCGGCCAAGACCCCUUCCUGAUCCCAACGUCGGCUGGAUUCUCUCAGCCGUGAUUUGGGCUUCUUGCCCUGCUUUUACGACGUCAACGCUGGCUUGGGUGGCCACCAAACAAUUAAUGACCUUACCGUAUACGAAUGGUCAGGGAGGCAACAGUGGCUCGGAAACCAUCGACAAGUUUCACGAGGCAUUCACGUGGAUUUUCCCUGUGGAUGAUCAUUUUAUGGACCCACUUGUGAUGUUGCAGGUUUGGGACAACGUGGAGGCAUUGAAAGGACGCAAGAACGGAUUGUACCAUGAGACUGGCGACAGAUGGGAAGUGUUACGAGCCACCACCUCGUCUACCAAUUAG